UUGUGUAUGGUCUGUCGAAGUUGCUCGAUUCCGGGUCCCCACUUGUUGGCAGCGUGAAAGACCUCAUGCUACGCUCAAUCAUGACCAAGAGGAUCACGCGGAUGCUCUCUCGAGGAAUGCUGAUUUCGAAGAAGGCGAAGAAGUUGCAUGUCGAUGGCGUGGCGGUUGCAAAAGGCUUGCUUAAUGAUAGGAAUGUCAGAGAAAAAGUCGUCACCGACGAAUUCGUGUCUUCAACCUUUGAGAUGUUGUCCUCCGACAGCUCGCACGUCAUCGGCACGGCAAACCUAUCAAUCCUGGUAGCAUUUGGCGAGUUUCACGACAUUCUCGCUCAGAAAGCUUCUGCAGCUGUCGACGAUCUCGUUGAUAAAUCACGUGAAGACCGUCAACUUGCUUUACAAGCACUGCUCCUUCUAGCAGGCAUUGACAUCACGCGCCAAGCAGUGCUCGCGAAGCUGAAGACUCUGAUUGAUGAGAUACUGGUCGCAGAAAAGGCGUCAGACAUUGUAGGAGGACUCCGGCUUAUCCAGCCUUUCCUCCGCAUUGGGGAAAUUAGGGAGCUUGUGUUGGAUAAGAAUGUCAGCAAUGUCGUCACCACGCGCUGCGACGGGCUUUCGCCCAAAGAAGAGAAGGAUAUUCAGAAAGCAGUAGCAUCCUUCAACGAAGAGCUCUACAAUUCUCAAAAUGCCGGUGAUGCCUUGCCUGUCUCGGACGAUGGGGUCUCUGUUGCCUCCUCAUCGUCUAGGAUACUUGUGGACGACGUGUGAGGCCCGUGGCCCGGACCCGAGCGCAUAUAUUACAGCGUUA